AGAAAGGAGAAAUAAUAUAAAACGGCCCGCCUUGACGUAAACCCUUAUAUACGUGGCGCAAUUCCGGAUGCCACGUUUCGGCUGCCUCCCCACCUCAAACUCCGUCAUAACAGACCCUCCCGCUUUCUGCCGGGAAUCCUAACAGACCCUCUCAACGCUGUUACACAAUUAUAUGUAGACAAAUUCUGUACAACUCUCCCCCCCUUUUCUCUCUCUCUACGGCUGUGAAACCCUAGUCCAGUGAGCUAUAUCGUUCCUUUCGAGCGCUCUUACUAUCUCUUUAAAAAAGGCUAUUGGCAACGUUUUAAUUGUAUAAUCGUUCACAGGAGUCUUUCGAUUUUGCGAUUCGUCUUACUUUGGGAGUUUGGAUCAAAGUUGCUGGGAUGCGUGAUCAAACCGCACGACGAACAAUUAUUCAACCUGCUCCGUUGUGUACACAUUCAGGAAGACUUAGUAUCACAAUUACUCGUAUGGCUUUGGGGAAAAUUAGGAUGACAUUCUUAACUUGAAGAGUUUUGUCAUCCUGGAGCUUGUGUUAUCCUUUGUUUACGAAAGCAUGGGGUCAGCUUGUUGCGUUGCUAGAAAGGAUGGAAUGUCAACAAACAGAACUAGCAGAGAAACUUUGCACAGAAAUGCAAUAUAUUCCCCAUCAUGGAGUUUCCAAUGGGAUAACCGCAGGCGUGUGGCAGGUGAAAGUGAAAACAUUUCAUAUGAACUGUCCCAUGGAAUGAGUACAAACAGUAGCAUGGAGAUAAAAGGGGAAUUAAUUCUAGAUAGGAGUAACUUUUCAGGUUGGCUAAGCUCUUCUGAAAAUUUUGGAACUCCAACAUCUCAAAAGUCUCCAGUGCAUGAAGAACCAGGUGCAAGUACGUUGACUUCUUCAGAUAUAACUCCUGCUAGCAAUGGAAAUACAAAGGUGCAGUCAGAAUCAGUGGGACUUGUAGAUCCAUCCGAACCAGAACGUUUGCUUUCUGUACCUUCAAGCUCUUGCUUGUCACCAAAUGCAGAUCGUUUAUCUGGGAUUUCUGCAGUCCCUGAAAACUCAAUCCAAUCAAUAACAGCCCACCAAUCACCUGGGCACCAGCUCUCAAGGCAACUUUCAGAUAGUCAAAUCCUGGCUUUGAAGUCGCCAAACAGUAACUUGUUUUCUGAGCAGAGACCGUCGUUUGUGCUCCCAGCUUGCAGUAGAGAUACAAUGGUCGGGUCCCAAUGUGGUUCUUCUGAUGGCUGGUCAAGGCGGACCUUCACCAAGCUGGUUGCCUCCUCACAAAGAGAGAGGUUGUCUUUUGAUAGUGAGUUUUUGAGUGCUAACCGUGGCAAGGGGAGUGAAUGUAGCAGUACCCUCUCCUAUUCCCCAACGGUUAAUUUGCAGACUUGCGGGGUUUGCUCUAAGCUAUUGGCAGAGAGAUCAUCAUGGAGUAUCCAGAGUAUUGUUGCCAGAAAUGAGGUGUCGGUCAUUGCCAUACUGGUCUGCGGGCAUGUCUACCAUGCUGAAUGCCUGGAGGUUAUGACAAUGGAGGCUGAUCGCUAUGAUCCUUCUUGCCCAAUUUGUAUGUUUGGUGAAAAGCAAUUGCCAAAUAUGGUGAGGAAAGUCUUGAGAGAAGCAGAAAACAAAUCAAGAAGAAAGAUAUUUGGAAACAGGGUGGUGGAUAGUUUUCUUAAUCCUGUAUUCAAUGUUUUCAAUCGCCAGAAAACUGUAAGACUUGAAGAAAGAUGUCCCAAGACAGAAUCCAGUUCGAGUGGAAGGAGGUCCUUUGCAAAACCCUUCCUAAGGAGGCAUUUUUCACUCGGACCUAGGUGGAGUAGAUCGAUGUCGGCUAACAACUCUGCUACGAAGGCGUUUUAACCAAGAUUAUACAUCUCAUGCAGCAGUCAGGCAAGUUCCAUAAACGUUUUUUAAGAACUUUAGCAAUAAUUGAGUAUCGUUUUGUAGUCCAUAGAAAAUGAUAUAUCCAGAAAUGCGGUACUUUCUCUGGACUGUACAUCUAAAUGUCAGUAUAAUUGUUUAUGAA